ACCAUGAAAGUAUUCAUUGUAUUGGCUCUGGCUCUGGCCGCCGUCUCUGCCGAGACUGCUUACCCCAAGCAGGUCUACCCCAAGGACCUGCCCCGCGAUGCCAAGAUCAACGGUCGCAUCGUGAACGGCUACCCAGCCUACGAGGGCAAGGCUCCCUACACUGUGGGUCUGGGCUUCAGCGGUAACGGCGGCUGGUGGUGCGGUGGUUCCAUCAUCGCCCACGACUGGGUGCUGACUGCUGCUCACUGCACCAACAAUGCCGCUCAGGUGACCAUCUACUACGGAGCCACCUGGCGCACCAACGCCCAGUUCACCCAUACCGUGGGAUCCCACGAAUUCCGUCAGAACGGAAACUGGCCCAACCACAACGGUAACGAUAUCGCCCUGAUCCACACUCCCCACGUGGACUUCUGGCACAUGGUUAACAAGGUGGAGCUGCCCAGCUUCAACGACCGUUACAACUCGUACGACAACGCCUGGGCUGUUGCCUGCGGCUGGGGACUGACUACCUCCGGAUCCCAGCCUGACUGGUUGGAGUGCGUCGACCUGCAGAUCAUCAGCAACUCUGAGUGCUCCCGUACCUACGGAAACCAGCCCGAUGGCAUCCUCUGCGUCUCCACCUCUGGCGGCAAGUCCACCUGCUCCGGCGACUCUGGCGGCCCCCUGGUGCUCCACGACGGUGGUCGCCUUGUGGGAGUCACCUCCUGGGUGUCUGGCAAUGGCUGCACCGCUGGCCUGCCCUCUGGAUUCACUCGUGUCACCAACCAGUUGGACUGGAUCCGCGACAACUCUGGUGUCGCUUACUACUAAGCAUCUUUUUUAAAAAAAUAAAUUGAGUUUAAAAGAAUUAAAAA